AUGAAGCUCCUGACGAAGGCCAAGGAAGAAAUCCGGGCUGCGAAAGAGUCGACGCCUCUCCUUCGACAAAGCCUCCAUGGCAACUCGCCGCCCACACUAGCGCACUCCUUGUACGUCGUCGCCACCGACAGCUACAUCAACGUGCUCUUGGUGUGCCUGCCGUUUGCAAUCUACUCGUACUACGCACAAUGGGGCGACGCGGCAGUGUUUGCAUUCAACUUUCUCACGAUGAUUCCGCUCGCCAAAGUUAUCGGGGACGCCACGGAAGAAGUCGCGUUCCACACGGGCGACACGAUCGGCGGCCUCGUCAACGCCACGUUUGGCAACGCGGUGGAAGUGAUCAUUGCGAUCUUUGCCCUGCGGGAAGGCCAGAUCUCGGUCGUCCAGGCCUCUUUGCUUGGCUCGAUUCUGUCCAACCUGCUGCUCGUCCUCGGGUGCUGUUUUGUGGCCGGGGGCGUGACCCAGUCCGUGUCCAAAUUUAACGAGACGAGCGCGUCGGCCAACUCGUCGUUGCUCAUGGUGUCUGCCUUUGCGAUGCUCGUGCCGUCGUACUACCAGUACACGACCUACGACGACAAGCCCGAGACCAAAGCGAUCGUGCUCGGCUUGUCGCACAUCGCGGCGGUCUUUUUGCUGCUCAUGUACAUGCAAUUGCUCUACUUUCAAAUGAAAACGCACGCACACUUGUUCAAUUCGCGCGACGCCACCGACGAAGAAGAAGGCGGGUGCGAUGACGACGACGAUGACGACGCGACCGACCACUCCAACAUGACGCUGGGCAGCAGCAUCGUCAUCCUCGGCCUUGCGACCGUGCUCGUGUCCAUCCUGUCCGAGUACCUCGUCGCAUCGAUCGACGGGUUCGUCGCGUCGGCGCACGUGAGUAAGUCGUUUGUCGGGAUCAUCAUCUUGCCGAUCGUGGGCAAUGCCGUCGAGCAUAUGACUGCAGUCCGCGUCGCGCUCAAGCACAAGAUGGAGCUCGCCAUGGGGGUUGCCGUCGGAUCCGCGACGCAAAUUUCGCUCUUCGUGGUCCCGGUGACCGUCCUUGCCGGGUGGGCCAUGGACCAGCCCAUGUCGUUGGCGUUCCCGACCUUUGAAGCCGUGACGUACGUGACGUCGGUCGUUAUCGUGUACGCCAUCAUCGUCGACGGCAAGUCGCAUUGGCUGGAAGGGUCGAUGCUCCUCACCAUCUACCUCUUCAUUGCGGUCGCGCUGCUGUGGGUGCAUGUGUGA